CCUCUGACCCCUGACCCCUGCCCUCUGCCCUCUGCCCCCUGCCCCCAUGGCCCGGGCGUGGGUCUGCGCGGCGGCCGCGGGGCUGCUCCUCGCCCUCCUCUUCUUCCACUCCCGCCUCUGCCGCUCCCCGGUGUUAGGAACUGUUGCUUUCUAUGUUUCCUGGUGGACGGAGACACCUCUUUACCACUUAGAUGCAAAUUGGCCUAAACAGCCGGAAUAUUUCACCGGACAAACAUUUUGUGUGGCUGUAGAUGCCUAUAACGGAUUGGUUUAUGUCGCCCAAAGAGGGGAAAACAUACCGAAAGUAUUAGUUUUCUCAGAGGAUGGCUAUUUUCUACGAUCAUGGAACGACACGGUCGAAAUGCCUCAUGGAAUCUUUGUGGUUAAUUCUCCUUAUGACCAGUCCAUCUGGAUCACGGAUAUAGGAACUGACUCAGGAUCGUACGGGCAUUCGGUGAAAAAGUACAGCCCCUACGGAAAUCUAGUUCAGAUUCUGGGGACAGCCGGCCAAAAAGGAUCCAGUCUGAAUCCCUUACAGUUCGAUAACCCGGCAGAGCUCUAUGUGGAGGACUCAGGAGAACUCUAUAUUGUGGAUGGCGACGGGGGAUUGAAUAACAGAUUACUCAAACUGUCCCAAGAUCUGAUGGUGCUGUGGCUGCAUGGGGAAAAUGGGACCGGCCUGGCGCAGUUCAACAUCCCACACAGCGUGACCGUUGAUUCUGCCGGACGGGUAUGGGUUGCUGACCGAGGAAACAAAAGAAUCCAAGUAUUCGAUAAAGACACGGGGGAAUGGUUGGGAAUGUGGAGUAAAUGCUUCACAGAAGAUGCUCCUUAUUCUGUCAGAUUAACUCCGGAUGAGAAGUUCUUGAUUGUGGCCCAGAUGAACAUCAACAAACUGUCUUUCCUCGUUCUGCCCCCGAAAGGAAACAUUGGGGACUGCCGAGUGGUACACACAAUCCAGCUAGCAGACGAGGUUUCUCCCCACCUCAUGGAUGUGGACAGGAAGACAGGAGCUCUCUACGUGGCUGAAAUCGGAGCACAGCAAGUCCAAAAAUUUGUUCCCGUAAAGUAGCGGCUCUCCCUCACUCACACCCAGAAGUCCAGUGGGAGCAAACACUGCAGGCAUUCAAAAUGGGGCCAUUUGUGACUCCCUCAAAUUGAAGGCUGAAUGAAGGCACAAAGAAUAUGUUAAGCUUGUUCUUUUUUUGGCUUAAUGAUCUUGGAAAAGAGGUCAAGGAAGUAUUUUUAUUCCCUCAGUAGCCUAAUGGUUGGUUUUUGUUGUUAGAAUUCAUCGAUUGUGAGCAUUAUCUUGUUGGAAUCUACAUUUUAAGGGGCUGAGAAGAAUUGCAUGGAAGAGAUCUGAUUCAGGGAAUAGGCUUGGUAAAAAAGGGCCAGGGGUAAGAGAACAUCUCUGAAAACAGAAAGAGUUCCUAGCUCCAAGGAUUUUGUUCCCUAGAAGGAAGUCUUCUGGCUAUUUUUGCCCAUUCCUGGCCACCGGACCAGCUCUCUGCUAUGACUAAUGCUAUUUUGCAUGUGUGUGUGUUUUCUUUCAUUUUUUGUUUCAGAUUGCCAACUUUGAAAGGAAGCAAGCUGGCCUGGUGGAAAGAGCACAGCACUGGAAGUCAAGAUACCUGGGUUCUAAUCCCGGCUCUGUGACUUGUCUGCUAUGUGACC